CCCAGCCCAGAAACUCGUCUUCAACAGAGUGAACGGCAAGAGGCCGCAGGUGCUGCUGCAGCAGGUCUCGGCUCCUGAGGAGUCCUACACACUGGCCCACGAGGAGAACGUCCGCUUCAUCUACGAAGGGGAGGGAAGGGCCUGGCAGCAGGUAGAGCAGCAGCUGGACGGCAGCCGGAGCGAGGAGAGCGCCCGCGGCCCCGUGCAGUACGUAGAGAAAUCCCCCAACCCCGGACUGAAAAACUUCGUUCCCAUCGACCUGGAGGAGUGGUGGGCACAGCAAUUUCUGGCCAAAAUUGAAAACGGCUCCUAA